AUGAAGCACGAGGCUCUACCUGAUCAAGAUCCGUACGUAAUCAUUCCAAUAUUCAAUAUUGUUCUUCUAAGUGGUAAGUAUAACUAUCCUAUUACUAUCACGUCCAACCUCACAAAACUUGAGUUCUUGCCUCUUGAUGUGUCUGGUGAAAAUUACUUAUCAUGGUAUGAUGAUGUUGAAACUCAUUUUGUGGCUUCAAAUCUUAGCAAGACUAUUAUAGAUGGAAGUCAUGAAUCUCCCCAAGACCGGGCUAAGGCGCUAAUCUUUCUACGCCGUCACCUUCAUGAAGAAUUGAAAUCUGAAUAUCUUUCAAUUAAAAAUCCACUUGACUUGUGGAAGAAUUUGAAGGAGCGAUAUGAGCACCAGAAGUGUGUAAUCCUCCUAAAUACUCAGUUUCAAUGGACUAAUAUGAGAUUACAAGAUUUCAAAACUGUUCGUGAAUACAAUUAUGCUAUGUUUAGAAUCACUACACGGCUGAAAUUGUACGGUAUUACUAUUACAGAAAAUGAUAUGUUGAAAAAAACAUAUACUACUUUUCAUCCUUCAAAUAUGCUCCUGAUGCAGCAAUAUCGAGGAAAACAGUUUACUAAAUAUGCAGAAUUGAUUUCAUGUCUUCUGUUGACAGAACAGAAUAAUGAACUUCUAUUGAAAAAUCACCAGUCACGUCCUACUGAAGCUGUUCCGUUCCCUGAAGCGAACACAGUUAUGUACAAUGGAUGUGGAAGUGGACGUGGACGUGGAGGUAGACGUGGACGAGGUAGAAGCCAUUGGCAUUAUCAUUAUGAUUGUGGGAAUUUUUCUAAUACCCACAAUGCGCUAAACCACCAAAAGAAAUUUGAUAAAUUUGAAUCAAAGCAAUCAAAUCCUAAAGAUUUACCAAAUAAGUUCCAGAAGGACAAGGAAGAUAUAUGUUAUAAAUGUGGUGGUUCGGGCAUUGGUCACGAGUCAAUCAAAGGGAAAGGUAAAAUGGUGGAAUCCAAUUUUGCAGGCAAGAUGGUGGAAUCCAAUUGUGCAUACUUUAAUAAUGAAAAUGAGUUAAAUGAUUUAACUCAUCUUGAUAUGGCUUAUUUCUUUGAUAACGCUGAGGAGAAUGUUGACCUUCUAGUUGGGGAUGGAUCUAUGCAGAUGGAUUGA